AUGAAUGCUCCAGAUAGAUUCGAGCUAUUCUUGCUCCCGGAGGGAGAGGCAAAACUGAAAAUUGAGCCCGACACGAAGGCUCCAAACGCGGUGAUCGUGACGUUUGAAAAAGAAGAUCACACAUUGGCAAACAUCAUUAGAGGAGAGCUGUUGGAGGACGAAAAAGUGCUCUUCGCGGCGUAUAAAGUAGAGCACCCGCUUUUUGCGCGGUUCAAAAUGCGUAUCCAAACAGCAGAGGGGUAUGAUCCCAAGGAAGCUCUUAAAAAUGCUUGCAAUAACAUUAUCAGUAAACUGGGCCAGCUGCAAUCUAACUUUGAGACUGAAUGGAAUCUGCAGACGCUGGCCUCUGAAGAAAACUAUGUGUGA